GCGAAUUACUUCCAGAACAUCGUGGAGCUCAACGGAACUUAUACAUUUUGGGACUCGGGCCCAUCAAACAACCUGGGCCCGUCCAGACAGCUGCACGCCCCGUCCCGCCGCCCUUGCAGAAGGCCAAAAAGGAGCGGUGGUGCUUUGCUGACUGAACGGGAGCCUUCGACAAAGGAGCAAAGUUGGCGGCCUUUCCAAGAGAGGUCGCCGGUCGUGGACUUCGGCGCUGAACCGGGCUUGGCAGAACUCUAGCUUUCUUAGCCCUUCUCACGCCACGCUUGUCGUAAUUAUGGCGUCUACUAUUACGCCCAGCGCAGGCUCUCUGGUGACGGCUCUGCUCGCGGAGAUUGAGCGAGAUCGCGAGCGGAAGAAGUCGGGUGCCCCCGGCGAGGAGAAGGAUGGCGCCAAGCAGGCUGCACCUGCAAAAGACCAGGACAACUCAGACGACAGCGAAGACGGCGGCCGUGAGGACUCACCGGGCCCGCCUGACCCCCGCACCUGUACGGUGUCGGGGCCGGGCUUCGCCGGCGGCGCCUCUGGCGCGCCUGUCAACCUCAUUAUCACCUGCAAAGACGAGGACGGCAAGCGCUGCGCGGAGGGCGGAGACGAUGUGAUGGUGCGCGUGGUGCCAGCGGGCUCGGGCGCGGCCGCCGGCACCUACAUCGAGGUGACGGUGGAAGACAAGGACAACGGCAUGUACGUGGCCACCUACACGCCGCCCGCCAAGGGCGCCUACAGCGUCACGGUGCAGGUCAACGGCCGCGACCUGGAGGGCUCCCCCUUCCCGGUCUUCUUCGGACCGCCCGCGGAGCCCUCGGCGGCGCCGCCGGCUGCCGGCACCAGCACAGCCGGCGCCCCCAACGCUCCGGGCGGCAUUGGCGCCGCCAUCGCCGCCGGAACCGCCGCGCUCUCCAGCGCCGGCCUCACCGGCUACGGCAACCUGGCCGGCAGCGGCCUGCCCUCCCUCCCCGGCAGCCUGGCCGUGCCCAACGCGCUGCCCGGCGGCGGCAUCGACCCCGCCGCUGCCGCCGCCAUGGCCGCGUCCCUCUCCUCCCACGCCACCCUCGCCGCCGCCAACCCGCUCCUCGCCGCCUUCCCGGGCUUCGGCAGCCUGUCCGGCCUGCCCGGCCUCGCCCCGGUCCCCAACCUCCAGGUGGACCCCAGCGCCCGCACGCUGCUGGUGAGCAACAUCACGUCGCAGGUGAAGCCGGACCAGCUGAAGCAGCUGUUCGGGCUGCUGGGCGGCGUGGCGCACCUGCAGAUGCUGGGCGCGGACAUGGCCAUGGUGGAGAUGGCCACGCUGCAGGACGCACAGUCCGCGCUGGCGCUGCACGGGCACCAGCUGGGCGACAAGGCGCUGGGCGUGCAGUUCAUAAUGACGGCGCAGUCGGAGAUGAGCAACAACCCGCUCAUGGCGCUCAAGCUGCAGCAGAUCACGCAGAUGCAGGCAACCAUGCGCAGCGGCGCGGCGCUAGCGGCACAGGUGGCCCAGCUGCGCGCCAUGGCCAAGUACGGCGUGUCCUCGCUGCCCGACCUGCCCGACCCGAACAAGGAGGCGGAGGAGGCCGCGGCCCGGCUGGCCCGGCGGCUAGGAGGCAGCCGCUCGCGCAGCCGCUCCCGCGGGCGGCGGCCGCGCUCGCGCUCCCGGUCCCGCGACCGGCGUCGGUCACGGUCGCGGUCGCGAGACCGGCGGCGGCGCAGCUCGCGCAGCCGCGAGCGCAGCCGGGACCGCAGCCGGGAGCGGCAGCGGCGCGAGCGGGAGCGCGAGCGGGAACGGGAGCGGGAGCGCGAGCGGGAGCGCGAGCGGCAGCGCCGUGAGGAGCGGGAGCGCCGUGAGGAGCGGGAGCGGCGGGAGCGGGAACGCGAGCGGGAACGGCGGCGGCGGGAUGACAGCCGGGAUCGGAAGUCGCGGCGCAGCCGGUCACGGAGCCGCUCCAAGAGCCGGGAUCGCAAGCGCUCGGACCGGGACCGGAGCCGCAGCCGCGGGCGCGACCGCAGCCGCGACCGCAAGCCCGCCGCUGCCACAGGGGCGGCGGCGGCAGCGACCGCCAAGCGGACGUCUGUGAGCCGCAGCCCCAGUGCCAGCCGGAGCCGCAGCCGCAGCAAGGAGCGGCGCAGCGGCAAGGACGCGGCGCGCAAAGGUGACGCGAAGAAGUCAAAGCACCACAAGAAGGAGAAGCGGGAGAAGCGCGAGAAGGACAAGGGGGACAAGGACAAGGAGCGGGAUCGCAAGAAGGUCCGGGACCCGGCGGCGGAUGAGGACGAGGUGGCAGCCAAUGGCGAUGGCAAGGAGGAGCACCCAGCUGAGGAGCCGUCGGGGGCAGCGCGGGACGAAGCCGCGGCAAAGGAGGGCGAGGAGGCACGGGACGGGGCGGAGGGCACGGAAGGCGCGGGAGCUGCGGGCAGCGAGGGCAGCAAAGAGAAGGAGAAGGAGGAUGAUGGGAAGGGCGGCGAGAAGAUGGAGGAAUAGUGCGUUUUGAUGUCCUGCUGUUUGAGGGAUGCAGGACACGCGCGCAUCUGAGGUGUGCUUAUCGGUUUGGCAUUGGGCGGGCGGCGCAGUGUGAAGUGAGCAAUUUGUGAAUGCACUGUCGCGCACGGCUGUAGGCAUGCCUCUGUCCGGGACGUUCGCCGCGCGUAUUUGAUUAGGUUGCGGCGUGCCGAAGUAUGCAAAACUCAUAACGGCGCGCAUGGAACGAUUGAAGCCAGUGUUGCCGUAAACGCCACUUCAGGCUUAUAAACGAUCGUUUUAAACGCAACGGCGGGCAUUCCGUCAAAACGCCCCUACAAACGCCCAUAAAAACGGCCGGUCGGGAGGGCCCGUUAGGCGGGUUAGUGCCACCGGAUCGCAGCGUUGACAUCGUUUUUAGACGUUUCUUGGGUACAAACCAACCCCUAGGGCUACUUAUUUCAACGAAAUCCUGAACUUUGUUCUAAACGUCCGCGAGCCAGCCGGCAUGGGCCCGAAAGCUAAAGACGGCCCGGAGUGGGGCUUUGUGACGGUGGCCGGGCGUGUGAUAGGAUUAUGCGCAAUAGAAGUAUCUAGCUUAUGAAGUAAGGUUGGGAGGAUGGUUAGAAGUGCGGACGAGUGCUGCGUGACGCGCAUCGUGCAUGGAGAGGCAUGGAGAGGCACCGUUGACGACACGUUUAAACGUGCCCAGCCCACGUUUUAGCGUUUAAAACGAGCGUUUACAAACCCCCCAAACGGCAGCCCCCUGCGUUGGUAGCGUAUAAACGUAUGAAACGAAACGAAACGUUUAGCGUAGGCGGCAACACUGAUUGAAGCCGAGCGGAUGCCCCCGGUCGGCUGGACAGUGACAUUCCGCUGGCGAGGGUGGGCUGUAUGAAGUCCUGUAACUCCGUACCCCA